GCCUCUGUGAUGUCGGAGUUCUGGGUCUCUCACAAACGCUACCGCUGUCAAUAUUGCGACAUAUGGAUAGCAGACGAUGCUCCAUCAAGGCAACAUCAUGAGAAUGGCCUGCGCCAUAAGGGCAACCGAGAACGGUUCAUCAAAGGCCUGUACAAGCAAGGGGAGAAAGCGGUGAAGGAGAGAGCAGAGGAGAAGAGAGAGAUGGCUGCUAUAGAAAAGGCUGCUGGGGCCGCUUAUGCGGUAGACGUUAGCGCUGGUCGCGGUUCACAAAGCGCCCUCGCUGGUCCCUCGUCCGUCCCCUCCAAGCCCAAGCCCGCCACGACCCCAGCGUCAACUAACAAAUGGGCCAACUACAGUACUGCCGAGUCUUUGGGGUACACAGAUCCGGAUGUCGAGCGUGCUUUGCAAGAGGCGCAAAUGCGUCAGAACGCGGGUAUCGCAGGGGAGUGGCAGGUUGUCACCCCUACACCUGCGGCUUUGGCUGCUGCCGCUGCUGCUGGGAAGGAGGGAUCGGAUGACAAGAGAAAAUGGUCGCAUGAAGAAGAUGAGGAAGGGAGAGCAUCUAAAAUGCGGAAGAAAAUACUUGCGGAAGGACUGGGCGAGCUGUAUGAUCCGGGUGUCAUUAAGAUAAAGGUCAAGGAACCGCCAAAGGAGGAGGAAGACGUUGUAGCACCGCCAGAAAAGGAAGAACCGACUGUCAAGGAGGAAAAUGUGAACGAGGGAACGAUGAAACCAAGGUGGGGAAAGAGCUGGAGUACCGUGGAUGAGAAUGCGGAGCGAGAAAGAAUCAAAGACGAAGUCUCGCGUCAAGAGGAGCGGUUUCUAGUUCCAAAAGCGGAAAUUAAGGAGAAAAGCAAGGAAGAGGAAGAAACGCAAACGGUUCCCGUGCCAGAACCAGAACCUCCGUCGACUGCCAGUCUGUUCAAAAAGCGAAAAGGCCCGCCUACAGGAGCCAAGCACGGUAGACCACGCCCAUAACCAGCAAUUCACGACACCUUUUACCCGAU